AUGCCGACUUUGGAAGUAGAGCACAAGAAGCUUCUUAAUAGAAGAGAAGAAUUGCUGAAACAAGACGUUUCUCUUAGGAAAGAUUACAGUAUCUUGCUUCGCAAGAUUACAAGUGUCUGCCAGGUAUUAGAAUCAUUAGGUGAGCCUAUUCACAUCAAUUUAAAUGGAUACCCCAUCUUCCAACAGCCAGAUUAUCAGAAGUUUAAAGAUUGGGAUGCUCUGGUACCACUUUUGAAGAGUUUAGAAGAAGUGAACUCGUUGCCCUUGGAUGAAAUCGAGAUCCCAGAAGCUUUACAAGAAUCUUAUGAAUUAUUUAAGAUGACUCCAUUACUAUAUAAGGAUGGUUCUGAAUGA